GAGAAAUUGAAAGGUUUCAGCAUUCAUGGCUUUUUGUUCGUUUCUUGAUUUGUUUUCUUGGAUUGAACAACUCCCUCCAAUCCUUCAAUGGAAAACAACCUCUUUUUCAUCGAGCUUGUGUCCUAGGUAUUCUUCAAACCCUUCUCUCAAAUUAUCGAUCAAGAACUUGAGCAAUUCGUAUUUUUCCAUCUCCAUUUUUGCGGAUUACAAUCUCCCCAUCUUUCUCUGGACCUCUAAAAGCGUAGUGCUAAAGCCCACGUCCAACAAAUUACUACAAGAUAACGAUACUCUUUCCUUCCUCAUAAGUAAUUUCAUCGAAGAUGUUCUAAACUACUCGCCAAACAAAUGCCCUAAUGCUCGUAAACUCCCACGUUUGUCCCUCGAACCACACAACCUUAAAGACGUCUUCAAUUUCUCGUUUCUCAGUCUCACAUUCCUCAUUUGCAUCUAUGAAGCUCCCCGGGAUGUACGCACAUCAUGCCUAAAUACGUUGAAAGAUCAAUUUUCAUGCCCCAAGUCUAGACAAGUGUCGAAGCUUCUAAUGAGGCUUUUGGGGUCUAAUGUUGAAGAGCUAUGGAUGCGUUCGAUCAAUCUUGCCAUCACUAACUGGAUUUCGGAACUUCAAGCUGCAAAUUCAGCCAUCAAGACUCCAUCCUCGUUGUUUUCAUACUCGUUUUCCACGUUAGGGUUGUGGAAAGUUCAAUUGUACUGUCCGGUAAUAGCAAUGAACGUCGAGAAGUCUAGUGGUCCUUUGUCUGAUGAUCGUUUGCUCUUCUCUCUUAACUACCACCAACUAGAGGGUGUGAUCCAACUGAACCACAAGGUGGUUGUUCGAGAAAAGUGGAUUGAAGUCAUGGUGAACAUAGACAACAUAAGGUGUGAUGUUAUCAAGCUCGUGACAGAUACCCUCAUGAGCGAACGUGGGGCUGGAACAGCAGAAAAACACUUCCCUUCUCGAAUAGCAUUGCAAAUCACACCAACCUUGCAGGCCAACAUCAUAAGCAUAUCAGUGAGCAAAUCAUCAGAGAAUCCCACAAGAGAGAUCAGCGUUGAAAAAGCGAUCGAAGCUUCGUUCGAGCCUCCAAACACCGUAGGCCUCAACUUCUCAGCUGGAGAAACGUCGACCGUCAGCUUGAGACCGUGGAAAUUCGAGCAAUCCGUCUAUGGAAACAGCGCGAUCUUGAACUGGUUUCUGCAUGAUAGCGUGGACGGUAGAGAGGUUUUCUCAUCGAAACCUUCGAAAUUGGCUUUGAUCCAUCACAAGGCGUGGUUCAAGAAUCGGUAUACGAAUGCGGAUAGGGCUUUCACAAGGGAAGGAGGGGUGAUUUUUGCGGGUGAUGAAUAUGGGGAGAGUGUGUGUUGGAGGGUGGAUAAGGACUGCAUGGGGAGGAGCAUGGAGUGGGAGAUGAGGGGGUGGAUUUGGUUGACGUAUUGGCCUAAUAAACAUAGGAGUUUCUAUAGUGAGACCAAGAGGUUAGAGUUUAGAGAAGUGGUUUGUCUGUCUUUGAUUUAGAUAUGAGUGAGAUGUACUCCUUUUCUAUUAAUUGGGGGAAAAUUGUUGUCAUUUGUUGUUUCAAGACUGUUGUUUAUGGAAUGAAUUUACGUAGAUAAAGAGUAGGUGUUCAAAUUGCAGUUAAGGAAAUUUUACUUCACAUGGGUUGUCAUUAAAUUUAAAUUGAUUAUAUGACAACUCUAGAAUAUUUAUUCCGUAAUUCACUAAGUUUUGACUAAAUUUAUGUACUCAUUUGAAGAGCUGUACAUUUGGUUGA